CCACCAUCCUUAAACAACAAACAAACUCAUUUCUCCUAAUCCCUCACUCUGUCUUUCCAGUGAGUGAGAAACCCAAAAAAUGGCCCCCUUGAGUUUUAUCAUUCUGUUAUCCCUCAUAGCCUGCGCCGCCUUCGUCGACGCCAAAAUCCCCGGCAACUACGGCGGCGGUUCCUGGCAAAGCGCCCACGCCACUUUCUACGGCGGCAGCGACGCCUCCGGCACUAUGGGUGGUGCGUGCGGGUACGGAAACCUGUACAGCCAGGGGUACGGAGUGAACACGGCGGCGCUGAGCACGGCGCUGUUCAACAACGGGCUGAGCUGCGGCGCGUGCUUCGAGAUAAAGUGCGCCAACGAUCCGCAGUGGUGCCAUUCGGGAAGCCCCUCGAUAUUGGUGACGGCGACCAACUUCUGCCCGCCCAACUACGCCCUCCCGAACGACAACGGCGGGUGGUGCAACCCUCCCCGGUCCCACUUCGACCUCGCCAUGCCCAUGUUCCUCAAGAUCGCCGAGUACCGCGCCGGCAUUGUCCCCGUCACUUACCGCCGUGUGCCGUGCCGGAAGCAAGGGGGAGUGAGGUUCACGAUCAACGGCUUCAAAUACUUCAACUUGGUCCUGAUCACCAACGUCGCGGGUGCAGGGGAUAUCGUGAGGGCGAGCGUGAAAGGAUCAAAGACUGGGUGGAUGAGCAUGAGCCGCAAUUGGGGUCAGAACUGGCAGUCAAACUCGGUCUUGGUUGGUCAGUCACUCUCCUUCAGGAUCACAGGCAGUGACCGACGCACUUCCACUGCCUGGAACAUUGUCCCAUCUCAUUGGCAAUUUGGCCAGACCUUCACCGGAAAGAACUUCAGGGUCUGAAUCGUCUUUUCAGAAGUUUCUGGGUCCUUUUAUGUCAUUUUGUUUUUUUUUUUUUUUUUUUUUUUCCCCUUUUC